AGAUUUUAUUUUUGAUUGCAUAUUGAUAUGGAAACAAAAAUCCUUACAAAUCCACUUUAAAAAUUCUAUAAGCUUGAGAUGUAAAAUAAGUUUUUUAAUUUCAGACCUAUCUAAACUCUACUCCCUCCUUCCGCCGCCUCAUUCAUCCGUACAUCUCAAACCAGCGUGUGCUCUUCCGCUGACCAUCGUCCGUGUGGUAUCGACAGAUGUUUGAUUAUUCCGGCUGAGGUAAAACCAAAGAAUCUCAAACCAGGUCUACCAUCGUUUCGUGAUUUUGGUUUAUCCCCUGCAUCCUCGUCGUCUUAUUGUGUUUUUCUUGAACGGUUAGUUAACUAUCAGAUGGCACUAAGAGGUGCUUGGCAACUUCAGAAGCUGGUAGUAAGCUAUUCUGAUUGGGGAGGCAGUAGCAGGGGCUUAAGGGCAUUUAUGGAGUCUCAUUUGCCAGCGUUCAGGGAUAUCAAUCCUCAUUUGGAAGUGGUGACUGAGAUGAAUCGUGGUCAACAUCCAUACUUGAAGGGAUUAUACAAAAACAAGAACGAGCGUGUCGUCUGUGUCAAAAACUUGACGCCAGAGGAGGUUCUGUUACAAGCAACAAGGCUAAGGAAUUCACUAGGGAGAAAGGUGGUGAAGAUGAAGACCAGACAUGUCACAAAACACCCAAGCGUUCAAGGCACCUGGAGUACAGACCUCAAAAUGUAAGCCAAAACUGUCGAAAAGGACAUUGCGUUUUCUGGUUUGAUUGCCACACUUGAUAAGAUCUGUUUCUUGGCCUUCUUGCACCUUCUUUUUUGGACGAAAGUACAAGCUCUACACUCUUAUUUAAUUAUCACGUUAAGUUCAGAGUUCUCUUCCCCUUUCAAUUUAUUUUUGUCAAAGUAAU